CCCCAAGAGGGACACUGAUCAGGAUUGUAGGCUCAGCCUUAUGAAGCACUCAACUACCUCAGAGGAAGAAAGGAGAUACAGCCAGGAACGCAGAGAAACACCCUAGUCCAGGUGUCAGCUGUGAUGCAUGUUUAAAAGGCAACUUUCGAGGUCGCAGAUACAAGUGUUUAAUUUGCUACGAUUACGAUCUUUGUGCAUCUUGUUAUGAAAGUGGGGCAACUACAACAAGGCAUACAACUGACCACCCAAUGCAGUGCAUAUUAACAAGGGUAGAUUUUGGUCUACAGUGGUAUAGUACACUAUGGUGGACGCAUGGGUCAGAGGAGGCCUGUUCAUCUCACAGCAGGCAGUUGGCAAGCAAAAAGAGACAGUGGGACUAAGGUCCCAAUAUCUUCAAAGGCAUAUCCAGAGACCGAAUCUCCCCCACCCCCAAGAUUUGUACUAUGGUGGGGAAGCUUUCUCUGUAGAGCAACCACAGUCUUUUACUUGUCCCUAUUGUGGAAAAAUGGGCUAUACGGAAACAUCUCUUCAAGAACAUGUUACUUCUGAACACGCAGAAACAUCAACAGAAGUGAUUUGUCCAAUAUGUGCAGCAUUGCCUGGAGGCGAUCCUAAUCAUGUCACAGAUGACUUUGCAGCUCAUCUUACACUUGAACACAGAGCCCCUAGAGAUUUAGAUGAAUCGAGUGGUGUUCGACAUGUACGUAGAAUGUUUCACCCUGGUCGGGGAUUAGGAGGUCCUCGUGCUCGUAGAUCAAACAUGCACUUUACUAGCAGUUCUACUGGUGGACUUUCUUCUUCUCAGAGCUCAUAUUCUCCAAGCAAUAGGGAAGCCAUGGAUCCCAUAGCUGAGCUUUUAUCUCAGUUAUCAGGAGUGAGACGUUCUGCAGGAGGACAGCUUAAUUCUUCCGGCCCUUCCGCUUCUCAGUUACAACAACUGCAGAUGCAGCUGCAGCUAGAACGGCAGCAUGCCCAGGCAGCCCGGCAACAACUGGAGACCGCGCGCAAUGCAAGCCGGCGCACUAACACAAGCAGCGUCACCACUACAAUCACACAGUCCACAGCAACAGCCAACACAGCAAAUACAGAAAGCAGUCAGCAGAUGCUCCAGAAUUCCCAGUUUCUUUUAACAAGGUUGAAUGAUCCCAAAAUGUCAGAAACAGAGCGCCAGUCCAUGGAAAGCGAACGUGCAGACCGCAGCCUGUUUGUCCAAGAGCUCCUUCUAUCCACUUUAGUGCGCGAAGAGAGCUCGUCCUCAGAUGAGGAUGAACGGGGGGAGAUGGCAGAUUUUGGUGCUAUGGGCUGUGUAGAUAUUAUGCCUUUAGAUGUUGCUUUAGAAAACCUAAAUUUAAAAGAGAGUAAUAAAGGAAAUGAGCCUCCACCACCUCCUCUUUGAUGACCUCCCAAUUCGCAGACAAUGUCCUCUGUGCUGUAUUUGCCAAUGAAAGUGGACAACAACUAUCCUGGGUUUGUUUGGUGAUUGUAAUUUCAGGUCUGUCACUCUUGUUACAUUGUGUACAUUCAAAAGGAAGAGAGAAAAAUAUAUAUGAUAAUCAUUUCCACUUAACUAAUUUUUACUUCUAGCAGGUAAAUGUAGGUAGCAGUGCAGGGUGAUCUCUGCUUCCUGUACCUUGACAUGCAAAAGGCUCUCCUAAUACUCCACAUUCAAACUGAAGAGGAAAAUUGAAAUCUCUAAUGAAGCUGCUGUGUGUAUUUAUGAAUAUUAAUGAAUAAAAACUGCUUGGAUGGUUUACCUUAA